AUGUCCAAAUACAUUGUCACAUUGAAAGAAAAUACGUCUGAUGACGAGGCCAAUCAAAUCAAGCAGCAAAUUGAGCAGCUGGGUGGCAAGAUCACUCAAGAGUACUCGUUGAUCAAGGGUUUCGCGGCAGAGUUGCCUGAGGUGGCUGCAUCAAAGGUGCAAUCGAGCCCUCAUGUGUUACUGUUCGAAGCUGAUCAACCUGUCCACACUCAAUGA